AUGAGCUUCCGGAACCUGUUCGUCAAAUUCGAAUGGAAUAUAAAAUUUACACUAAGGAAGGAUGCGUCAGUGGUACUGCAAACAGCGGAUGAAAACGAAUUCGAAAAAAUACAAAAGGCUGUUGAUGAUGUACUUGGAGAUCUCAGAACUGAUUUUGAAAAAUGUGUCGAGGAAAUUGAAGCGACAUUGAAGAAACUUGCACUAGGGAUUCGGGUAGAAGCGCCAAGUGAGCCAGCAUUCUGGAGAAGAUGGAUCGGUGCUGCUCGCGAUGCGGCUGUGAGUCGUAUAUGGCAGCUUGCCAUUCGGGGUGCAGCUCCAAGCAUAACUGCGACUCGGGAACUAGUUGAUUCUAUACAGUCAUCAUCUAGGGAGAUGCAAGAAUCUUUUCAAUCCUCCGCAGUUCAGCGUAUGCACCUGAUCCCGGGAUCUGUUCAGAUCCGUUGGACAUUGAAGGGACAGAAAACCAAACACUUGAUUGAACAACUCAUUAAAAGAGUUGCAGAUGUUCGGAAGAUUGUGAAAGCCAUUGAGCCUAAACUUGAACCUCAGCCUGAACCUCUAUAUGACAAAGAUGCAGCUGUAGCUGGCUGGAAUCUGGUUAUACCCGAAAUAGAGAAAGAGUCAGCACCACUUGAUUCACCUCGCAACCUCUUGUCCAUCCCAGAAACUGUGUACGGCAAAUACCCAAGGACAAAAGUAAGCUCUGAGGACUUUCGACCAGGUGGGAAAUACAGAGCUGUAUGCAAGAUGACUAUCCAUUUUGAGGGGGACAAGCACCUUUACAACGGCUCUGGAUGGCUCAUCAAUAGGGACACUGUGGUCACAGCUGGCCACAAUGUGCACAGCGCGACACAUGGCCGUGCUGAUUAUAUCAGUGUCCAUGUUGGUUACAAUGGUUCUAGCGCCGAUGCUGUUGAGCGUAGGAAAGGAAAGCGUAUCGUUGUUCAUUUAGGGUAUUCUACUUACCAUCGUGACAUAUAUGAUUUAGCGCUUGUUAAAGUCGAGAGACCCUUUGACGACUACCAGGCGAUACCAUAUAAGGUCAUUCCCACAAAUGGACAGCAAACACACAUCACUGUUGUUGGCUACCCAACAGAUAUAGAAGAGGGAGAGUAUAUGUGCCUCAGCCACUGCACCAUACAUGAGUACGACCUUACUGUGUGGAAGUUUAUGUUCCACUAUCAUUUAGAUACAUAUGGUGGCAACUCUGGAGGGCCACUUCUCCACACCGCACCAGAUGGGGUCCAGAGAGCUAUUGGAGUCCACUGCUAUGGGGGCGGUGAUUCUAACAAAGCAUCUGUACUUGGUUAUAAGGGCAAUGAAGUGGGUGCUUUCCUCAAUGGCUUGGAACGCCUGCAGCAGCACAAUGGGACAAAACUGUGUGUCUUUCGAGAUCUGAAAACUCCCUGA